CUCCCAAGGUGGCAUCUGUCUGCGAAAGCCCCGCCCAACUUGUAGUAGUAAAUGCGAAGGUGGUGUCAUAGCCUACUCAGUCAGCCGGCAGCCCUCGGCCAAGGAAGAAGUGUUUUAAGGCGCUCUUGAACCACUUCCCUAACCAGCACGACUCAAAAUGCCUGAGGCAUACGUAACAUUAGCCACCAAUGAUGGCUAUGCAGUGGGUGCCCUGGUGCUUGCGCACUCCUUGAAGUCUGCAGGCACUACGCGUGACCUCUGCAUUAUGAUAGCGCCGGCUGUCUCACAGGAGAUCCAAUCCCUGCUCCAUAGUGUCUUUAACUCCGUAGUCGUUGUUGAUGUCUUGAAUUCCAAUGACUCUGCCCACCUUUCACUGCUUAAGCGACCAGAGCUUGGAGUCACUUUCACAAAGCUUCACUGCUGGACACUUACACAAUACACAAAAUGCGUCUUCCUUGAUGCUGAUAUGCUAGCCGUACAGAACCCAGAUGACCUCUUUGCCCAUCCAGAAUUGACAGCAGUUUGCGACAUUGGUUGGCCAGACUGUUUCAACUCUGGCAUGUUUGUUUUUGUUCCUUCUAUCGACACAUACGGACAGCUCUUGCACCAAGCAGAGGUCUCGGGCAGCUUUGACGGUGGUGAUCAGGGUAUCCUUAACACUUUCUUCCCUAAGUGGCACAGAGUUUCCUUCAUCUACAAUAUGGUGGCCUCAGCAACGUACACAUACCUCCCUGCAUAUAAACAGUUUGGAGGAAAUGCCAAGCUUGUUCACUUCCUUGGUGCCUUGAAGCCUUGGCAACAUAGGUACGACAGUAACUCUGGUUCUGUCCACUUAUCUCCUGGUUACCAGCACCUCGCACCAUACCUCAACUCCUGGUGGGCUAUUUACAUACGCCUUGUUAGACCUGGCAUUCCUGAAACGAAUAUUGAAAGUGCAUCAUAUUCGAAGUCGCUCCUUGGAGACAUUCAGGUUGCGCAUCAGCUUGGUGGAUUGAGCUUGGGACCAGAAUCUGCUAUGGAGGGCAAGGCACGAUGGGAGAGGGGAGAGCCAGACUACUUGGGUCGUGACUCUUUUGCAAAUAUUCAGGCUUACAUUGAUGCAAAAAUCAAGUCCAAUGGAAAGUGAUUUUCUCCUCAGUCUUUAUUCUCAAGGCGUCCUUUCUGCGAUUGUUUAGGGAGCGAUUAAUCUUCGGGAAGAUCGAGCCCUCCCUAUAUUUUUAUAAAUAUAUCUUCAAAUGCAUUUGAAUUUUUAAUGUACUCUCUUCAAUAUGAAAACUGCAUGAAGUUUCAGUAUUGCAAAAUUCACAUCUUGUUGAAAUGAAAUGGGUGUAAAAUAUGCAAAAUUCUUAAUAGGAUUGAAAGAGAAAGUUUCCCUCCAUUGCUUAAGCUUUCAUCAGUGAUAGCUGAAUGUGCUCAUACUACUAGUAUCAUCUUGUGCACAGGGUUGUUAGUAAUUAACUGAAUCUCAGUUUCAAAAAUGCAGUUUUACUUUGUACACUAUUGGCUGUCAUUCUAGUCAAAUUUUGCUCAAAUCAAUUUUUGUUAUAACUCAGUGCCUUUAUGCCUUUUUCCAAAAAGGUAUGGACUUUGGGUACCUCUGAUCACAUAGUCGUACAAGUAUACGCUAGAUGAGGUGGCUGUACCCUUGUAUUUUUGGGCAUCUGACCUUUUUCUUUUAAAUAACCGUUACUAUAUAGAUUGAAAGUUUCAUUCAGACAUUCCGUACUGCCCAAACUCAAGAAAAAUAUUUAGAAUUCUUUGUUUACUGUGCCAAAGUGAUUGGUAUGCGCCAAUUAAAUAGGAAAAAUAAAA